AUGCAUGAUGUGGUGCACCGGGAUGUCUUAUCAAUAGCUUCCAACAGCAAAGAUGGAUUUUUGGUAAGAUGCAGGGUGCACUUGGAGGGUUGGCCCAAUCUUUUGAGGCAACCUUACGAAUCCAGUACACUAACUAUCAGUGAAACUGAGCUUUUAUUGUUGUCAUGCACGGAGGGGUCUGAAACGACGCCACCAGCCCUAAUUUUGAAUGGAAUUCAGGACCUCAAGGUUCUAGACAUCAGGAGGGCUGAUAUGUCAUCAAUACUGUUGUCGAUUGUACUUUUGAAAAGCCUUCAAACGCUGCAUCUGGAGCAUUUUAAUUUGGAAAGUGUACAUGUCGAUAUUGGAGAGCUACAGGAACUAAUGAUACUCAGCUUUUGUGGUUCUGCAAUCAAACAGUUACCUGCUGGUAUUGAAAAGCUGCCAAAUCUCAGAUUGCUAGAUGUGACUGAAUGUAAAAGUCCGCAAAGCAAUAUAAUGAAUGUUACUUUUGUCCCAAGCUUAGCGAAACUAGAUGAACUAAAUGAUUCUUCCAAUGAGAGGCAAUUUGCAGUUCUGCACAACAUGCUGCUAUUUCAUCAGCUCCAAAGAUUUAAGAUCUCUACAGCAGAGAUGGAUGAUAUGUUAUCGAAUCCAAAUCCUUAUGAGAACUAUUUGAGAAUUGAUCUCGAUGCAGACUCUCGUUUGGGUAGCAGAAUCAAUGUGCUGUUAAAGAGAACCAACACUCUAGUGUUGAACUUGUUUAGAUUGAGGGACGCUCUCAAUCUCUUAGAUACAGAGUGUUGUGUAAACUUAAAGUCUCUUGAGCUGAAUCACUGCCAUGCUCUGGAAUAUGUGAUUGACAUGACAGAUAUAGAUCCAUGCAUUGUCUUUCUUGUAUUAAAGUCAUUGACUAUCCAAGGUGCCGAAAUGCUAAAGGAGAUCUGCAUUGGUGAGGAUCUGCUUCCAAUGGGGUCACUUAAGAAACUAAGCAAGUUAUCUCUGUCAAAUAUACCUUCAUUGACAAAUUUUGGAAGAUAG